AAAACCCCAUAAAAGAAAGAAACAAAACAUUGGUGGGGGUGGGAUGUUUAGUUAUAGUGUUAUCUAUCUAUCUGUGUUUGAGUAGCCGAAUACUAGGAGGAGGAAGUGAUGAAGAAGCUGAGAUGGGCAAUGGAUGGAAGCUUUUGGGAGCUGGACUUGUCAACAGCCAUGACAGCCGAUGGGUUGGCCCGACCCGUUCCGGGAGACCCGAUUCCAUUGGGAGUAUCAAGAGGGACUCGGCUAUCGAGGGCUAAGCAGAUCCACUUCAUGCAACGCUUCAUGUUCUUGCCUUUUGUCCCCUCUUACUCCUCCGCCUCUGACGGCGUCGCUCUCCACCGCGCCCUCACCAUUCCCUUCUCUCAAAACUGGUUUGGGACUUUGUUGGGUCAGUUCAAUUUUCAGAAGUUCCAGUCCUCUGUUACUGGGAGUGGAGAAAAACCAAAUUCCGUGUCCUCGUGGCUGCAAACCAUUGGGAGACACCUUCAGAAUCACUCCUUAUAUGCCCUUGGUUUCUCUUCUGAACUAAUGUUAACACCCGAUGAUACACUGCUUCUUAGUUUGGAUUCUUAUACUUUUGGUGAUAACAAGAAGCCUCGGAAGAAAGCUAUCCUUCAUCACAAGUUUCCCAAUCACAACCUAACAGUGGAGGCAGUUUCGCCUGGACUUUUUGUUGACAAGUCUGGCAAUUAUUGGGAUGUUCCGUUAUCCUUGGCCAUUGAUAUGGCUUCGCUUGCUUCUGACUCUGGUGCCAGUUAUCAUCUAUGUAUGCACCAUAACACAGGCUUACCCACCCAAUUCCAAGGUGAUGAUCAUCAAACCAUCCAUGGACCACCUGCUACUCUCUUUCCCGGCUUUUCUGUCAAAAGUGCUUUUUCUUUCAAACAGAAUUUUGACUUUUGGAGGAGUAAAGCUCCCAAGUUGAAACUGGUGCAACCAUAUGACAUCUUCCUUUCAAAUCCUCACAUUUCAGCUUCAGGGAUUAUUGGUGCUGCUUUGACUGCCUCUGUUGGAGAUUGCUCAGUUAGAUCCCAGGAGUCCAAUGGCUUCUCUUUUCAGGCAUCUGGAGUGAAAUCUGCCUUCCUGGCAGAUCUGUUUGCAUCAGUGUCAUUUACAGCUCAGCAUGGAAAUUAUCAAAGGCUAUUCCUUGAUCUCACCCGGUUUCAUGCCCGCUUGGAUUUCCCUUCUGGUUCAAGAUUUGUUGCAGGUGCUACACAAGUAGCUCAGAAUCUUUUGAAUUCUCAGCACCCAAGUCUGGAAGAUAUUCAGACUAUUUGCCCCAAUGCAUCCCUUUCUCUUCAGCAGCAGAUUGCUGGACCCUUUCUUUUUAGAGUCGAUUCAGGAGUCACAGUUGAUUUGGAUAACCAAGACUGGCCCAUACAUGUGGAUGAUCCUGUAUUUGCCCUUGAAUAUUCAAUGAAAGUCCUUGGUUCAGCAAAAGCAGUGGCAUGGUAUUCACCAAAGCAACGAGAAUUUAUCAUAGAACUUCGUUUUUUUGAGACAUGAGCUGUAUUCUUAUAUUUGUGUUUAGAGGUUUUGUUCUUUUCUUUGUGGUUUCAUACGGUUAGAUCAUGUAAGAAAGAACUCAAAAAAGAUCAUUUAAGGGAGAUACUGCCCAUACCUGCUGUGUAACCAUUUGAAAAUUUAUGUAGUAUUUGAGAUUGUUAUUUUGAGAAUUA